GUUGCAGAGCAGCAAGAUCUCACAGUGCUUCUUCACAGAAAAUAGAAAGUAAACUUUUGAAUUUACUUUCUUUAUCUAGUAACAGCAAUUAUAAAUGUUUAAAGAGAUGGGAAGAACAAGCCAGGCUGUGCUAGUAAUUUUGUGUGUGUUAAGGACUGUUAAAGCUUUUGAAAUGGAAAUUAUACCUGCUGAGAGAAUUGUGGCACAGAUUGGAGACACACUUGUACUCACAUGCAAUACUACUGGCUGUGCAUCACCAAGUUUUUCCUGGAGAACACAGAUGGACAGCCCCCUUGGAGGAAAAGUCAGCAACCACAGGACAUAUUCUACAUUGACUAUGAAUCCAGUUAGCAUUGUGAAUUCUCAUUCUUAUCUUUGUACUGUCAUAUGUGAUGAGAGAGGGAAAAAGGAGAAGAGUGUCAAAGUUGAACUUUACUCUUUCCCCAGUGAUCCUAUCAUUGAGAUCAGCCCAUCCUUAGUUGCUGGAAAACCAGCCACUGUCACCUGUAAAAUUCCUGACGUGUAUCCUUCUGAUCACCUGGAAGUUCUCCUAAAGAAAGAUGAACAUGUUCUUCAUGAGAAAUAUUUUUUGGAAGAUGACAGCACAAACACAGAGACCAAAAUUGUGACAUAUACAUUUCAUCCCAUGGCUGAAGAUGCUGGGAAAGAGAUUACCUGUGUGGCCAGGUUACCAAUUGCUGAUAUGGAUUUUGAACCCAAAGAAAGAACAUCUUCUCAGAAACUUAAUGCAAAUUUUGGUCCACAAAAUACUGUCAUUACUGCAUCUCCAGGCAACUCACCAAUGGAAGGAGACUCUCUGAACCUCACUUGUGUGACUCAAAGUAACCCACCAGCACAAAUAGUUUGGAGUAAAUAUUUGGCUGAAGAAAGCAUUCAGCACCUGAUAAAAAACAAUGUUCUUUCUAUUCCCCAUGUCCAUUUCAAUGAUUCAGGACAGUACAUCUGUGAAGUAAUUAAUCUGGUAACUAAUAAAACAGAGAAAGCAACUGUGGACAUUAUUAUACAAGGUGCUCCAGUCAUUACAAAACUCUCCAUUGAACCUUCUACAACAGUUCAGGAAGGAGAAAAUGUUUCCAUACAAUGUUCUGCUGAAAGUAACCCUCCUCCCAAGAUUAUUUUAAGGAGAAAAUCUGACAAUGCAGACACAGGGCGUUACAAUGCCAGGAGUAUUCUUUUUCCAUCUGUGAUGUUCCAAAAUGGAGGAGACUAUGAAUGUGUAGCAGAAAAUAAGUAUGGGAACAGUAAAAGUGAAAUCACUCUUAAUGUGAAAUAUGGACCAAAGAAUACAAUGAUCACAAUUUUCCCUACUGCUGCUCUUAAAGAAGGAGAAACUGUAACAAUGAAAUGUACUAGUUCUGGUAAUCCAGCUCCUGUGAUCUCCUGGAAGAAAAAGAAGGCCACCGGGGAGUCUGAGAAAAUUUCUGAAAAUGCAACUAUAACUAUACGGAACUUGAAAAGCCAAGAUCUGGGGCUUUAUGAAUGUGAAGCCUAUAAUCAAUUUGGCAAGGAAGAAAAAGCUGUGAAGUUAUAUGUUCAAGCAAGAUUGGAAGAACCAGAUCAGAUGAUACCAUUGAUUAUUGCAUUCUCAUCUGUAGCAGCAGUAGCGGUACCUGCAGUUGCAAUUUUGAUCUACGUGUCAAGACAAGCAAAGAUCAAUGGAUCCUACAGUCUUGUAAAAGCACUCAGGUUGAAAGUUUGAUCACGUGAAUAUAAGUCUUUAGUUGAUAAUAAGCACAUUUAUUUAUUGCUGUGACUGGUUCUACUCUUCUGUAACAUAUGGUAACAAACAAGUGACUUAAGAACAGCACCACGUGAUAGCAAAUGGGCUUAUUUUCAUGUUUUGAUAAGUGUUUUGGUAUUUAAAUUAAAGGAAGAGAUAGAAUCCUGACCUAGAAGUUGAUAAAUCAUUUCUGUGUUGAAGCAUUCUGAACAAAGAAUUCUGUGAAGAACUAGGUUUGUACAUAGUGUAUAAUUUGUGUUAUAAAUAUGUUCAACUAAAUAUCAGUUUGUAAAACUGAAGUCUUAUUGCAACUGUACAGAGGAAUUUUUUAAAUUCAAAUAUAUAAAUCAAUAUUGCUUGAGCUGAUCAGGUGAUUUUUAUUUUGUAUUACUCUGCAGCAUGAAUGUUUUUUAAUAUAAUUUGUCUGGUUGUGGUAAUGUUUGGAAAAUGUUCUCAUUUCACUGAUAUUGCCAUAAACUCUGUACCUUCAAUGAAGUUACACAAUCACUGGGCUAUGCAUUUCUAACAAAUUUAAACUAAUUUAAGCCUUUGAGGCUCAUUUGCAAAACUUUUUAUUUUAAAUAUUAUUCAAAAAAUGUCUGGGGUUAUAAUCCUGUGAGUUCUAGCACUGCUAAGGUAUUCUUGCUGGCUUCAAUCAUUCUCAGAUCAGUGUCAGAAUUCCAUUAUUUUGUGAUGAGCCAUAUCAGACUUUCUUGUAAAAUAUAAGGGCAUUGUAAAUAUGCUUUACAGAUUUCCACUGCAAAAUA